CUUGCCGCGGCCUUGAGCUAGCAUUCUGCGCCACCGCUGUAGCCCAUGACUUCUGGUUGUCGGUACGGGUAGGUAGGCGUUGACCUUUCUCAUUUGCAGUAUCCAUCCUCCGUUCCGUCUGCAAUUUCUGCUCGGUUGUCUUCGAACCUUAGCCAUCCGCUCCACAAGCACCUAGACUAAGAUGAAUCACGAAAGCAAUGAUACCCAAGCUGUGAAGCUCACGGGCGAAGAAGUGGCAAAGCACAACAGUCGAGAGUCAUGUUGGGUCAUUGUACACGGACGGGCGUACGAUGUCACAGAGUUCAUGCCAGAGCAUCCCGGCGGACCCAAGAUUAUCCUCAAGUAUGCAGGCAAGGAUGCGACCGAGGAGUAUGAUCCAAUCCACCCGCCAGAUACUCUGGACAAGUUCCUCGACAAGAGCAAGCACCUUGGAGAAGUCGACAUGAAGACGGUGGAGAAGGAGGAGCAUGCUGAGGACCCAGACGAGAUUGAGAGGCAAGAGCGCAUUAAGCGCAUGCCCAUUCUGGAGCAAUGUUACAACUUGAUGGAUUUCGAGCAUGUAGCAAGGCGGGUGAUGAAGAAGACCGCUUGGGCGUACUACUCCAGCGGCGCCGAUGAUGAGAUCACAAUGAGAGAGAACCACUCCGCCUAUCACAAGAUAUGGUUCCGACCGAGAGUACUCGUCGAUGUGGAGAAGGUCGAUACCAGCACGACAAUGCUGGGCACGAAGGUCUCAAUUCCGUUCUACGUCACAGCAACUGCACUCGGUAAACUAGGCAAUCCGGAAGGCGAAGUUGUGUUGACUCGCGGCGCGAAGAAGCACAACGUCAUCCAGAUGAUACCGACCCUCGCCUCCUGCUCCUUUGAUGAAAUCGUGGAUGCCAAACAAGGCGACCAAGUCCAGUGGCUCCAGCUCUACGUCAACAAGAACCGCGAAAUCACGAAGCGCAUCAUUGAGCAUGCUGAAAAGCGUGGUUGCAAGGGUCUUUUCAUCACGGUAGACGCACCACAACUUGGCCGGAGAGAAAAGGAUAUGCGGUCAAAAUUCUCGGACGUUGGCUCGAAUGUCCAGAACACUGGGGGAGACAACGUCGAUCGGUCACAGGGCGCUGCGCGAGCAAUCUCAUCCUUCAUCGACCCAAGCUUGAGCUGGAAGGACAUUCCGUGGUUUCUGUCCGUGACAAAGAUGCCGAUCCUUCUCAAGGGUGUACAAAGGGUCGAGGACGUCAUUCGAGCCAUCUCUGCUGGUGUGCAUGGUGUUGUGCUUUCCAACCACGGCGGCCGACAACUGGACUUUGCCCGCUCGGGCAUCGAAGUGCUUGCGGAGGUCAUGCCGGAGCUUCGACGGCUGGGCUUGGAGAACAAGAUUGAGAUCUACGUCGAUGGCGGUGUGCGGAGAGCGACAGACAUCAUCAAGGCUCUAUGUCUGGGUGCAACCGGUGUCGGUAUUGGCAGGCCAUUCUUGUUCGCCAUGUCCGCUUACGGCUUACCGGGUGUCGAUCGUGCAAUGCAGCUGUUGAAGGAUGAGAUGGAGAUGAACAUGCGGUUGAUUGGAUGCUCAUCGGUGGACCAGCUGGGCCCAGAACUCGUAGACACGACAGGUCUGCGCAUGCACACUACAGGAGUUCCGUCGGAUACGCUUGGGUUGGCUAUCUACGACCCUUUGGUUGGACCGCAGGAGAAAGCGAGACUGUAAUACGCUGCGGCGUGUAUUGGACGCCUAUGGAAUAACGUAAGCAAAUAUUGUCAGUCACUGUAUGUAGUUGUUAAGAAACACUUUUCAACCAGCCGGCACUUGUGCCGCCGAC